UUUUCAGGGUAAAUUUUAAGAAAAAAUUCUCCGUGUAGAAAAAGUAGUUUCAACGAAUUCUGAUUCUUCAACGCGACAACGCAAAAAUAAACGUCACUUCUCUAUUGUCUUAUAAAUUUCAUAUCUUCUUUUAAUUCGUAUUAUUCGGAUUUUUACUCUAUGGCUCGAUAAUUUGAUACCAAUCUCUCUAAAAGUCAAUCAGUGAAAAUCAUCACUGAAAAUAGCGAAUAUUCACUUAUUGACUUUUAGAUGGGUUUAAUUCCGACGUUUUCCUCUAUUGUUUGAUAAUAAUUGCCAAAGAUUGUUGCGUGGUCGGAUAUCAUUUGCAUUUUAUAAAUGAUGGUUAGCUAUCGUGUCGAAAUCUCAAAUUCAUACUCCAAUCUUUUGCAUGUGCAACAGCGAUUAUUUUUUGCAACGUACUUAGUACAUAGCAGCAGAUACCACGCGAUUCGUUGAAAUCGAAUAUGUGCCGCAGAGAAUAACAGAUAGACGAUAACAGAAGACGUUUCCUUGUAUCGUGCUCGCAUUCUUUAAGACGUCGCGAAUUUCCGUCGCGUGAUUUCAAUUACGCAAAGGUCAAUCAUCACACAUAAGUAUCCAAUUGCGAUGGAGCACAUACCGGACGACGAGUCAUUCACGCGGGUGUUCCUGGAGGCAAGGGGCAAGGAUGAGAUAGGACAACUAGUCGGUGCCAAAACCCAUGGCGCAACACCCUUGGUCAUGGCAUGUCGGAACGGGCAUUACGACGUGGCCGAGUACCUCAUCGAAAAAUGUGGGGCGGACGUGGAGCAGCCCGGAUCAGUGGUCUUUGAGGGCGAGACGAUCGAGGGUGCACCACCCCUGUGGUGCGCGGCGGCCGCUGGCCACUUGGCCCUAGUCAAGUUACUGGUGAGACGAGGAGCCAAGGUUAACUCAAUCACGAAAACGAAUUCCACGCCACUUCGAGCCGCGUGCUUCGAUGGGCAUUACGAUAUUGUUAAAUUUCUAGUGCAACACGGCGCAGACAUCGAGAUGGCAAACCGACACGGACACACUUGCUUGAUGAUCGCGUGCUACCGGGGCCAUGUUAAAAUCGCCAAGUUCCUACUCGCCCUGAAAGCGGACGCGAAUCGCAAGUCCGUGAAGGGUAACACGGCGUUGCAUGACUGCGCCGAGAGCGGAUCCUUGGAGAUACUGAAGAUACUCGUUGAGCAUGGUGCCCAGAUGGACGUAGACUCUUACGGGAUGACGCCACUCCUCGCGGCAGCAGUAACAGGUCACACGCAUAUCGUCGAGUAUCUCAUAGGCAUUCCGCAACUGUUCAGCAGGAAAGAGCGUAUCGACGCGCUGGAGUUACUCGGAGCUACGUACGUGGACAAAAAGAGGGACAUGAUUGGCGCCCUGCAGUUCUGGAAGCGUGCCAUGAACGAGCGAUAUCGAGGAGACGGACCGAUGAUAUCGAAACCCGAAUCGCCGCCACUUGUAGCCGCUUACGACUUCGCCCGGGAGGUAAUCGAGCCCGAAGCUUUGGACGAUCUGUUAGCAGACCCGGACGAAAUGCGCAUGCAGGCACUGGUGAUCAGAGAACGAAUAUUAGGACCGGCUCAUCCAGAUACUAGUUAUUACAUUAGAUACCGUGGAGCUGUCUACGCGGACGCGGGGAAAUUCCGUCGCUGCAUCGAACUGUGGAACUACGCUCUCGACAUGCAGCAGAGCAUGCUGGAACCGCUAAACCCUAUGACGCAAAGCUCUCUAUUCAGCUUCACCGAACUUUUUAGCUUCAUGGUGGGCGAGGAAGGUAGACAGACGACUAGGGGUCGCAGAGUGCCGCCAGUAAAGAGGGACGAUCUGUUGAGAGUUUUCGAAAAAGCUGUUAACGAAGUAGCGAAGGGAAAGCAAAUGUUGGAUAAGAUGGGCGAUCUGGCGUGCGAGCGCGAUUUGACGUUCUUGAACAGAGUCCUCGUCAUCACUCUGCAUCUGGCGUGCUUAUUAACGCGCGAGACUGGCGAAAAGGGUAGCGAAGAAUACAACGCUUUACACAAAGAGCUCUACAAAUUAGUCCGAAUAAAUGCAAAAGGCAGACAGGGCCGCGAUGCGUUGCAAUUGGUUCACAGUGAGGACGGUGCGCUGGUUGGUAGGUACCCUACGUGCAAGUUCCCAUCGGCUCACUUGACCAAGGCUCUGCUGAGAGUGGGCGCGGACGUGGCUGCCAGGGACAACGACGGUAACACGGCUUUGCAUCUUACCGCGUUAUUGCACCCCUGGCGCCCGAUCCUGUCGGUCGAUCUGCUCGACGCCGGCGCGCACCUCGACGCGGUGAAUAACGACGGCAAGACGUUCCAGACGCUGUUGAGCAAUAAGCAGCUCUACGAUUCAAUUUGCCCACUGAAAUACACCACGCUCGCCUGCCUGGCCGCGCGAGUGGUCCGAAAGACGCAGAAAAUCAGCAGAGUGCCCGCGCACCUCCGCGCUUUCGUCCAGAUGCACUAGUAUUGUCGCCGAUGAAACGCCGCCAGUUAAAUGCCGUGGCAAACACCUUACUUUAAGCGAGAAAGUGUGACGACUAUGGAAAGCAAUGGUGAUAAUUCGGGCGUUAACCCGAUUCGUAAUUUAUCCAUUCUAUCAUCGAUAUUCACAUCUUGUAUAGGGUUUCGAGGUCGCUCUCGUUUCUAAAUCAUUUUUUUCAAUGAAUGAUAAUUUUGAGAUACACUGUAUAUAAUCCUAUACUAAAGCAGAGAUAGAAAUAUUGUCCCCGGGAAGCACAAGUCUUCUGACUGAUGAUAUAAUGCGAAACGCACGUGAUUCCAAGAAGAUCUUUUAACAGUUUUUCUCAUAAUACAAAAUGUGUUUUCCAUUAUUGGAGCUUUGUAAGAAAUUUUAUUUUAGUUAACAAGUUUCCUCUUAUGUUUCGUGCGUAAUAUAUUGAAUCUGAUCUGAAAAGCAUCAAAUAUAUGCGUCUUUCAAGACUGCAGGAAUUAUAUUUCGCUAUUAAAAGUUUUAUAUUUAAUAAACAAGAGUAGUGUACAUUUUACUUAUACAUAUACAUAAUAUAUAU